AUGUGUGUUGACUUGGGCUUGAUGCAUGAUGGUCGACUUGAUCCGUGUGAAUGGUGCGAAGAGACCAAUUGGCGGAUUGAAGGAAAGGGAGACCAUGCCUCUUACAGGUGCAAGACAAAAAAUUGCAGAUGCUCAAAGUCUGCAUUGACACAUGACGCAGAUCUCUUCAACAAGAAAUUGGCACUUCGAUCCUUGGUUGGUGCUCUUUGGCUCUUCUUGUCCCCGAUCAAUGUCAGUCCGGAUCAAGCUGGUCUCAUUCUGGGGGUCGAUCACCGCACUGUCAGAGACUUGUUUGGGAAUUUUCGCAAAUGGUUGACGCCCAUCAUUGACCGCAUGAAUGAAGAGCUUGUGAUGGGUGGUGCUGGGAUGGACGUGGAGCUAGAUGAGAUCAGCUUUAGAAGCAAAGGCUUGGACGACAAGGUUCUAUGGCUCCGUUACAUUGCGAUCGUUCGUAGAGGAAGUGCGAAAGUCUUCAUUCACAAGCUCCCGGACAAGUUGACGGCUUCCGGACAAGGUGGAGGAGGCCCUUUGAGCAUCCAGGAGCUGAAGGAUACGAUCGUGAAUUCCGCAGGAGCCAGCCGAAUCGCCGUUGGCAGUGUCUGUCACACAGACAGUGCAAAGGCGUACAAGAAGCUGGACUCUGAAGAGCCAUUGCCAUGUUUGUACAAUGGAGCCUUGGGAGGACCUUCUUUUGCUCAUUUGAAACUGGCGCACAGCAACGUCCGACACAAGCCGCCCCACCCAGAGUUCACUCGAAAGUUCAAGCUCAAGAUCUUUGAUGGGCGACAAUGGGUGGAAGAGAUCAGGGUUGGGGGCACCCAAAAGUUGGAUGGGUUCUUUGCAACCUUUCGAAGAGAGGUCGGCAAGCGUCCCAUCAACACCACGGGGCCUUCUCCUGCUACGGCUGAGGCAAUGGAGACACAACUUCAUGAGCGAGUGCGCACCUUUCAGUUUUUGCAUUGGUUUUCCUUUACGGAUGCUUUUCAAGUCUUUGCGGAAAUGCGCAAGCUUGAGCGUGCUUCCGUUGGCUCCGUAACGUGGGCAAGCUUGGCUAGUUUUGGAAAGGGAAAGGCAAAGCCUUCCACUGCCCCUGAAACGAAAUCUGCAGAGGAGGUUCCUGCUGUUUUGGUGCCUCCUGCAGAAGAAUCGCCUCAGCCGCUUUCACUUUCCUGUGAUGAAGAGCACGAGCCAGUGUAUUCGGAAGGCGAGGACGUUCAAAGCGAACUUUUCGAUCCCGAAGAAGAAGAAGAGCUUAUUUUUGACAACAAAGGGAUCAGAGUCUUGAACUAG